AUGGCCGGUAACACUACUCCCAACCUUGCAGUUCUCAUUGACGCGGACAACGCCAUGCCAUCUAGAACUAAGUCCUUACUUGCAGAGGUCGCAAAAUAUGGCACAGCUCAUGUGAAGCGGGCUUAUGGGGAUUGGACUAGCACCAACUUGAAUGGCUGGAAGGAAGAGCUUCUCAUACGGGCGAUCCAGCCGAUGCAGCAGUUUGCGUACACUAAGGGCAAGAAUGCGACUGACUCAGCUAUGAUCAUCGACGCAAUGGACCUUCAGUACCAGAAGCACCUUGACGGUUUCUGUCUCGUCUCUAGUGACAGUGACUUUACUAGGUUGGCCGCUCGUAUUCGCGAAUCUGGACUAACUGUGUACGGAUUCGGGGAGCAGAAGACGCCUAAGCCCUUCGUCGCUGCCUGCGAUAAAUUUAUCUAUACCGAAAACCUUGUGUACCAUGAGGAACUUAUGCCACAUCCCGAUAGGGUUAUUGUACCCAAAAAUCGUGUUCCAGUACGGCAGGCCCGGGCAGAUGACCACUUAAUAAGUCUGCUACAUACGACGGUGGAGACGGUCUCCGAUGACGAUGGAUGGGCUGAGCUCGGUCGUAUCGGUAUUAUUCUCACCAAAAAACACCCUGACUUCGACUCUCGUACCUACGGAUACUCUAAGCUUAGCGAUCUAAUCUCUACCUUGCCUCUGUUUGAUGUUAUCCGGCACCCUCCUCGAGAGGGUAAACCUGAAGGGAUCUACGUGCGCGAUAAGCAGCGGAAGGACAAGAAUCGUGCUAAAUGA